CGGCCUUCUUCAUCCCCUUCCAACAAAGCCAACAUCUUGCGUGCCUCUUCUGCCUUCCAUGGAGAAAAGCAGCUCCGUCGGGGCGUCAUGGGCGGACCAAUGGGACUACAGCAAUCACGGCAGCGGCGGGCAGGUGCUGGAGAAGAAGAAGAAGAGCAGUGGCAGAAGCUGGAAGAGCGGCAUGGAGAAGACGAAGGCCGUGGCUGUGUUGGGUUUCAACAAAGCUAAGGAGGGCAGCAGCAAAGGAUUCCACUGGAUCAAAGACAAGUACCAAAAGACGACCCAAAAGCACUAAUCUUCACCAUAAACCAUAUAUUAAUAUGAUGAUCGGUUUCUUCUAGCUGUCUCUGUAUGUAGCUUCUUCCAGAAUUAUCCAGGAUGUGAAACAGGAGGGGUUUGUUUCUGUCUUCUUGCUUAUUCCACACAGCUCAAUAUUUGAUUGGUUCGUUGUCUUGUUUAAUCUGGUUGUCAACUUUAUAAAAAAUAUUAUUUCACUAA